ACAUCCUUUCUAAGCAGCACAUGUGGACUCCUGUAGUUAUUUUCUACUCUGAUGUUGUGGUUUCCUGCCUGUGUGCCUCUCUGGGCUCAUAGAGGCUGUGUGCAGUAUUAGCUCCUGCAGUAAGCAGUUAACUCUUUGUUUGUACACAUCAUACACUCGUAAUGAGUGAGGGUCCAAGGUCUUAUUUUCCAGCCUAAUCUGGACUUUCUGACUGAACAAGAUUUGGUCACAGGUCCUACAGGUCUGUUUUUGUAUACCAGUAUGGUGUGAUUGGGUUAAGUUCAGCAGCAGUUUCAGGUGAAACUCUGUGUCAGGUGGUAGACAGGGAGGAACCUUGUAUCAGUUGUGUUUGUAGCCCUGACUGUUUAAUGAUUUGUGAAUGGUGCUUUCCAUAGGGCUCAUAAUUACAGUGUCUGUAUGCGUGUAUGUGGGACAGCAGCAUGCUGUUUAUGGAUCAUACUUGUUUCCUGGUCUUGUGAUUGGUGUACUCUUGAGUAUCAUUUCUAAUCUUACGUCAACACAGAUCACAGGCAGGAAAAACAUGUCCAGACACCAUCUUGGGGUAGGCAGUACCAGUGAAUCUGUCUCUAGAUGCAUUGCUGCAGAUGUCUGAUUCUCAGGUGCAGGAGACCAUGAGGAAACUGGGCGCCAGUGCUGAUGAGUGCUCCCGCAUCACUGCUGCCCUCUCUUGUCUCAAGAGCACCACCACCCCCUCCACCACCUCCACCUCCUCCACCUUCAGCUCUGGGCCAUGGACAGGACGGGAGCUCAAAGACGACGGAAUUCCCUGGAUUGUAGAACCUGCUCGCUGUGACAUUAAUACUUCGUUCUCAGCUAAUCUCAGCUGCUCCACUCGAAGCCCACAACCCUACAGCCCAAACCCAGCUGUUCGGGUCCCUUUUACCCCCGCGAUGCCUGGCACCCAACGUUCUGUCUCUGUUUCUGCUGUAACCUCUCUGGACUGCCUAACUGGAACCCAUGUGACCCCAUUGUUGAAUGGACUAGCCGACCCUUUCUACUCCUCACCUCAGCUGCUACGGCGCCCGCUGGGACAGGUAUCGACUCCUCCCCCUACACCGCCCACCAUUAGGAACGAGCUCCUGAAGCCCCCCCACACGCCGCCACCACCAUCCAAGCUGCGCCAGCUUUUCCCCGCUCUGCCCCGCAGCAAGAGCCACACACAGCUCGCCAACCGCAUAGAAGAGCCUGCACACAAGAAUGUGAAGAAGAAUAAGAUGCUUCUAAAUGUAAAUGUGCAAGAUGCGAGAAAUGGCUAUGAGGAUUCGCCCUCGCGCUCGCCACUGCUCUCUGUCCCCUCUCCGCACAUUAUUCCCAACACACGCAUCCACGUGGAAAGUCCAACACUGAAAGACAAAGGAAGAUCUCCACAGGCUAUGAGGAGAGAUUAUGGUCUUACAAUCACACAUAGGUUUUCCACCAAGUCGUGGUUCUCCCAGACGUGUGCGGUGUGUCGGAAAAACAUGCUCUUUGGUGUAAAGUGCAAACACUGCAAGUUAAAGUGCCACAACAAGUGUACCAAAGAAGCACCUCAGUGCCAGAUAAUUCCAAUUUCGAAAAUCAGAAGAACAGAGUCAGUUCCGUCCGACAUUAAUAACCAGGUGGAGCGACUACCAUCACCUACACAGUUUGGCACAUUACCGAAGACUUUAAACAAAAAGGACCUUCCUCCACCUGUCAGUCAACCAGACUCCAGCAGUAACCCCUCUUCUACCACCUCCUCCACACCUUCCUCACCUGCGUUCAGCUCAAGCAACCCACCAAGUGCCACUCCACCUGCAAACCCCUCGCCCAAAGGGCCCACUGAUGGCCGCUUUCACUUCCCAGCUUCCUGCUAUUAUCAGCUCAGACAACAGUUUAUCUUCCCUGAUAUAUCAAGUUGUCAACAUCAGGAUGGCCAUGACUCAGGAGAGACAGAACCUGUAGGUAAUGAGCUGAUCACACCGACAGUCAGGCAGGAAGAAGCAGCUGUGAAUGACGAUGUGGAUGGUGAAGAAGAACAGCAGGAGCAUGAAAGACAAGAUGAGGCUGCUUCUUAUGGGGAAUCUGAAGGUGAAGAGGACGACCUGGACGACCUGCCCAGCUGCACGAGACACUGGAAGGGCCCCAUCUCACGCAAGGUGAGCCAGACGAGUGUAUACCUGCAGGAGUGGAACGUUCCCUUCGAGCAGCUCGAGCUGGGAGAGCUUAUAGGGAAAGGUCGCUGGGGAAAGGUGUACCGCGGACGUUGGCAUGGAGAGGUGGCUGUACGCCUGCUGGAAAUAGACGGAAAUAAUCAGGACCACUUGAAGCUUUUUAAGAAGGAAGUGAUGAACUACAGACAGACUCGGCAUGAGAACGUGGUGCUGUUUAUGGGAGCCUGCAUGAACCCUCCUCAGCUGGCUAUCAUUACAAGUUUCUGCAAGGGUCGGACGCUGCACUCUGUUGUCAGAGAUUCUAAAAGCUCACUUGACAUCAACAAGACCAGGCAAAUCGCUCAGGAAAUUGUAAAGGGAAUGGGCUACCUCCAUGCAAAGGAUAUCGUGCAUAAGGAUUUAAAGUCCAAAAAUGUGUUUUAUGAUAACAACAAAGUGGUGAUCACAGAUUUCGGUUUGUUCGGAGUGUCAGGAGUGGUGCAGGAGGAUCGGCGAGAGAAUGAAUUGAAACUGCCACGAGGCUGGAUUUAUUACCUGGCUCCUGAGAUUGUACAGAGGAUGUGUCCCGGAAAUGAUGACCGCUUACCCUUUUCCAAAGCUGCUGACGUUUAUGCCUUUGGCACUAUCUGGUACGAGCUACAGGUGAGAGACUGGCCUAUUAAAACCCAGCCGGCCGAAGCUGCUAUCUGGCUGCUGGGGAGUGGAGAAGGCAUAAAGCGGCAGCUGGCCCAGAUCAGCCUGGGCAAGGAAAUCACAGAGAUCUUGUGUGCGUGCUGGUCCUUUGACCUUGAGGACAGACCGACAUUCUCUCAGCUAGCUGACCUGCUAGAGAAGCUCCCUAAGCUCAACCGUAGACUCUCCCACCCCGGACAUUUCUGGAAGUCUACUGAGUAUGUAUCGUAGAGCUAUGAGAUUGCAUGUCGUCAUCCUGCACUGCCUCACUCAAGAGAGCAAGUUGAAGUGAACUCUUCUCAGAUGUAAAUCUUUCGGAGUAUAAAUGUGUUAAGGUCUUCUUUAUUUCCUGAGCCUUUUCCAAGUGUAUCUUAAAUUUGUAAGACAUUUUAAGGUAAAUCUGAUUUACCUUCAACACAUGUCUUCAAUUCAGAAUUCAGUGAAUUCAGUGCAGUAGGUGGUUUAUUUUGUAAUGAGCUUAAAUUUUAAAUGUGAAUGUUUUAUUUUGAAACAGCUGUAUUUUCAGUCUGAGUAAUGGAGAGCAAGAUAUAUAGGUGUGUUUUUUAACUGAUGAUUCUCUACAUAAGGUGCAGAGUACUGUACUUUAUCGGUUUGAAAUUUUCUUCUUCCAGUUAUUUUGGUACAGUAGAUUCAGUCUUUUUACAUCACAGUCACAUAUUUCGUAUGCAGUUGGUAGAGAUACAAUGCCUGCAGCAAAAUAAACAGUAAAGGUUAUAAUGUCUGUCAGGUUGAGUUGAUGCAUAACAGGAAGCAGAAGAGGAAGUAUGAAAUUCUUUACAUUCAUGACAUAAAUGUUCCAUUAUAUUCUCUCUGACCGUUCCUUCCCCCUGUUUCCUCUCUGUGCCGGGACUGGAACUAUCAUCUCUUUCUGCUGACUUCUCUUUUUUUACUGUCUUGGCCAAAUCACCAUUCUACCACUGUGCUGCAUCUCAAAAUUCAACCCAAAUCCUCCAUCUUGUUUUCUUUGUCCAUCUGGUUUUUUUUUUCUUUCCAUGUCCUCCUCUGACAACUUCUCCUUCCCACCACAAUCAUGAUUGUUCUUUGUGGCUUCUCUCUGUGUCCAGCUCUUGGCAUCAUCACUGUCUGCGAGAACACUGUAGUGCACAGCUACAGCACACAUGAGCAUGGCUGGUCCACUAAAGGAAUCUGUCAUUUGAUAUUUGCUAUAGAAAAUAAGCGAUUGCUUUAUGUACUGUUUAAUUUUCUUGUGAACGUUGCAGUCCUGGGCGAUAUGACAAAAUAAUAUCAAUAUUGCAAUAUCAACUUUAUCAAAAUUCAAAAUUAUGGCACAGUACAAUUGUUUCCUUCAUUAAUGUGAAUAAUUUUGUUUUUUCAGACAUUUAAAAGAAGUAAAAUUAAUUGGCCAAACUGAGUAUUGUGAUUGGGGGUGAAAGAUGAAUGAAUAAUGAAUUUGGUAUUAUCACAAUAAAAUAUGUAGAAUUACACUUUUAUAUUGUGGCUGUCAUUAGCAAUUCUACAGCACUGACCAACUCCAUUGUUAGUCAGACUGACAAGUAACUGACUGAACAUUAAAAUGUUUUUUUUUUUUAAUUAUUUUGAAAUACUUCUUGCAAAUCAAUGAACAAAUAGCUUUCCAUAGUGUUUCAUAUAGCAUGUUGUUUGUGUUCAGUGGAAACUUCAUUAUAACUAAAUAUCUUCAAGUAUCAUGCUAUUUUUGGCAUAUCAACUUUAUUUAUUCAUCUUUGGCCUAUCCCAUGACCACUGGGAGCAAACCCUGGAUGGGAAACAAAUGGCCCAUUCCAAUAUAUACAUAAGUCUUCUAUUGUGGAAACAUUUUCCAGGUGUCAUGAUUUGGUAUCUUUGCCAUAUUGCCCACCCACAGAGCACUGCUUGAUUUGUAUUUGUCAUUCAUGUCUGCCAUUGACUAGGCUUUUGUGAUAUUGAUUGCCGUUUACAAUUAAAAAAAUGAUGUUAAACUAUUUUAAUCAUCCAGUACCGAAAAAUGACAGGAAACCAAGCUUUUCUGCCAUUUCAAGUUUAAUGACAGUAUGAGCGGGUGAAAUAAUAAUAAUAAUAAUAAUAAUAAUAAUAAUAAUACCAGCUGUGCAGUUGGGAACUGCUUGCCAGCAGCAGCAAUCGCCAAAACCUUGCUGUGGAUUAUAAGGUGGUUCUGCAGUAAUGUGCAGUAAACAGUUUAAAAAAAGAAACAUAAUACAUUUUCAACAUAAUCGCUUUACAAAUCAGUUGUCUAUGGUCUACAUGGCCGACAUGAAAAACCCAGAACAGCAUAUUAAAUCACUUUCUAAUUAUCAUGACCAUUAAAUUUGUAAAGUAUCAUAUUUGACACUUCAUUCUUUUUAGGUCAGAUUUUUUGUCCUUUUUUCCUCUUUCAGCCGAAAACGAAAAGUGCCUUUUUUCUGACCAUUUUCAGCUUAAAUUUUAUGGUGCCUUCCCUAAUAAAAAUAGUUAUCUGAUGUUAACUAUAUACUUGUCUAAUGUUAGCUAAGUCAAACAUAUACUGAUAGAUAUAAUUUCAUAUUAAUGAACUCAUUCUCCAUUGACCUUGAAAGAAAGCAAAGGUGCCCCACAAGUUUAAUCGAGAGCAUGCGUGUUGAGGGGAAGGGGGCGGGGCUUCCAGAGGGUGCCAGACAAUAUUGGAGCGUUCGAAACACCUGCAAAUCAUUCCAGAUGAAUAUGUCAAUUUGUUCAUUUCCCAUUUUAUUGGGGGAGAAAAAAAUUGUCUUUUGGUGUAUUUUUGAGUGUUAACUCACACUAGUAUAUGUAGAUGUUAAAUUGCAAAAAGGAUAAAGGUUGGCAGGACUGGUAAUACAGUACAAUCGGAGUUAUUGUCCCUGGAUAUCAUACCAGUGGAAAAUCAUGUAGAGAUGAUUAAAACGUUAUAUCACACAAAACUUUGAGAUGUCUGAAAAAGAAAUGUGGCACCAUUGCCUUUUUACAAUUUUUUUCUAUAGAUCACAGUGUUCUACUUGCAGAUGGUUUCUAUUCAAUUAGCAUCAGUAACAUAUUUAUUUAAGUUGCUAUUUUCCCACUGUCUGUGUUGCCUCUCCCUUCUCCUGUGGCCUGAGCUAGCCAAGCAUAAACUAUGCUGUACUGAGAUCUCUAGUUUGUAGCCAGGCUAUAGAAGAUCCUCUCUUAAAGCUCUCGCGUGUGCAUGCCUGCCUGAUCCUGCUUGCUCUACUUGAUUAAGAGCUGUAAAACUAAUGAUGCUGCUGAUCCUUUAUUCAUGCCUUACUGAAACUGUCAAAGCUAGCGGUUAACAUGCCUUAUCCUAUUUGUAAAUCUCGUUUUACAAUCCUGUACAGUACAAUCUUUAAUGGAAAGUUUGGGUAAAACUGUCUGCACUUUAAAUCUAAAUCUAAAUUUUGUGGAAUCCUGUUCUCAUUCUUCUCUCUGUCUGCAAAUAGUGAACACAAUGACUCUGUAUCUACUUAGGCAAAGUGAACUGAAAUGAGAAGGUGGGGAAAGAAGUGUUUGUAGGAAUGUGUGUUUCUAAAUGAUUUAUACUUUAUGUAAAGCAUGCCUUUAUGGUUAAUUUGGAGAGUGGACUGUUCAGAGAAUUGUGAUGGCGCAGAAAUGUGCUCUCGUGAGAGAAUACGCAUGGCAGAAUUUAGGAGGUGGGAGAUGCAAAUGAAACCUUUGGUUAUAUUAAAGUAAAGAAAAGCAAAUCUUAUAUGUGGUUUGAAUUUGUAGAUAUUGUUUUUAUUUAAUAUACAGCCCAGCCUCCUAUUAUUUGUACAAACUUUUAUAUGGUUGUUUUUCAUGACAGCAUUUGGAAUAGGUACUUUAUUCCUGUUUUAUAGAUAUGAACAUAAGUGUGAUGUAAAACAUGAAAUGUACAUUUUUAACUGGGUUAAUAUAUAUUUUAAUGAAUUUAAGGAGUUAAGAAUGUAUCUUUGUACAGCAUGUUUAAUGUGUUGGGAUAGUCUAUUUCAUGUUGUCUUCAACCUUAAAAAGCAAUAAAGCCUAAUUUUUAAGUCUUUA